AUGACUAUCCUCACCACGUUGGGAAUGUUCAUAAUCGAUGAAAAUCAGUACAUAGACCCACCGGCACCCAAACAAACCAACAUCAUUGGCGGGGCCGGAACGUACGCCAUGAUUGGCGCUCGCAUAGUAUCAUCUCCAGAAUUAGGUUUAAAAAUUAGUGGAAUCAUUGACGAAGGAACAGAUUUCCCAUCUGAAGUUCAUGAUGAGAUAGAUUCAUGGCAUACAGGAGUCAUAUUUAGACAGAAUAACCACCGCUUGACUACUAGAGGUGUAAAUACAUACAUCAAAGAUAUUCGACAUUUCCAUUAUCAAACUGACAAGAGGAGGAUCGAGGUUGAAGAUAUCUUUCAAUACGAGAAAUUGAAAUAUAGCAAGUGUUAUCACUUGAUUUGCUCAAUUGAUAGAUGCCGAGACAUAAUAGGAAAGAUCAGAGAGAUAAACCCUGAUGCCAAGUACAUAUACGAGCCGUUGCCUGAUGAUUGCAUUUCAGUAAACUACGAAAAAUUACAAAUGCUUCUACCUUUGGUUGAUAUAUUCACCCCCAACCUAGACGAAGCGAGGGCAUUCUUGGCCAACUCGGAUGACAUGGAUGUCUUUGAUCUUUGUCUCGAGUUCACAAAGUUUCAAAAGAUGACCAAUUCAGGCACAGUCAUUCGGUGUGGUGCUGACGGGUGUGGUUUACGUACCAUAGACAAUAGAAUGAUUAAGCUACCUGCGUACCAUCAAAACCAAGCUGACGUGGUUGAUGUGACAGGUGGAGGAAAUUCGUUUUGUGGUGGGUUCAUUAUGGGCUGGUAUUUAAGCCAGGGAGAUUGGCUAGUUGGCGGCGUUUGUGGUAAUAUUGCUAGUGGUUGCAUAAUUGAAAAAUUGGGUGUGCCCAAAGUAAACGAAGAGGGACAAGAAUUCAACGGAAAGACUUUACAGGAAAGGCUCGACAAAUACCUCGACAUGACAAAAAUAAAUGUGGAAUUGAAGUGGUUGUAA